UACCCUUCUUGUGGAAAUUAAGACCAAAGGUAUAGUUGUCAUAGAAUAAUCAAAUUCGUGAUAUGAUAAGAACAUUUUACAUUCUUGUACUUUUGUGCAAAGAAGUCCUGCAAGAGUCAAAAUUCUGCAGUUCGUCAAAGUCCCUUUUGAAUUUUGCUAUCACCAUUUUUCAUUCCCUGGAAAGAUCCUCAUGGGUUUACAAGGAGAUGAAGAAACUGGACAAGGGUUCCCUGAAUCACCUCCCAAACCAUCCAUUUUCCGGCACAAUUCCCCCCUUGUUCAGGUUGCCCUCAUUGGAUUGGUGUGUUUCUGCUGCCCUGGCAUGUUCAGCGCUCUUUCAGGGAUUGGUGGAGGCGGUCAGGUGGAUCCCACUGCAGCCAACAAUGCCAAUACUGCCCUUUACACAACCUUUGCAGUCUUUGGAAUCUUGGGUGGAGGUAUCUACAACAUUUUGGGUCCUCAUCUUACUCUGUUUUCUGGCUGUUCUACUUAUGUUUUGUACGCAGGAUCCUUCCUUUAUUACAAUCAUUACCACCACCAGGCCUUUCCCAUAGUUGCUGGUGCCUUACUCGGAAUUGGCGCUGGCCUUCUGUGGGCGGCACAGGGCGCCAUUAUGACCUCUUACCCACCCCAUGAACGCAAGGGCGCUUACAUUUCUAUCUUUUGGAGCAUUUUCAGCAUGGGGGGUGUCAUAGGUGGUCUAAUUCCUUUUACACUGAAUUUCCAUAGGACUGAUGCUGUUUCAGUUAAUGAUGCUACCUACAUCGCUUUCAUGGUUUUCAUGUCCAUCGGAACAGUUUUAUCUCUGGCAAUAUCACAUCCUAGCCGUGUCCACCGUGAUGAUGGCUCAAGGUGUACUAAUAUAGAGUACUCCAGUGUGUCAGUUGAAGCCAUUGAGAUUUUGAAAUUGUUCCUCAACUGGAAAAUGUUACUCUUAGUGCCUGCCUAUUGGGCUAGUAACUUUUUCUACAGUUACCAGUUCAAUAACGUCAGUGGGGUUCUGUUUAAUUUGAGGACUAGGGGACUAUGCAAUGUAUUUUACUGGGCUGCACAGAUGGUUGGCUCCAUUUUUAUUGGGUACAUAAUGGAUUUCAGUUUUAAGAGUAGGAGGACUCGGGGGUUAGUUGGCAUUGGAGUCGUGGCUGUGCUCGGGACAGCUAUUUGGGGUGCGGGGGUUGCAAAUCAACUCAAUUACUCUCGUCAUGAUUUGCCGACGCACAAGCUGGAUUUCAAGGAUUAUACUGAUUUUGCAGGGCCAUUUGUGUUGUAUUUUAGUUACGGAUUGUUCGAUGCCAUGUUCCAGAGCAUGGUCUACUGGAUCAUUGGAGCGUUGGCUGAUGAUUCCGAGAUCCUUAGCAGAUACAAUGGAUUCUACAAGGGAGUACAGAGUGCAGGGGCAGCGGUGGCUUGGCAAAUUGAUACACAAAAAGUGCCACUUCUGAAUGAAAUUGUAGUGAAUUGGGCACUCCUUACAGUAAGUUAUCCUUUGUUGGUCGUGGUGGUCAUGCGAGCUGUCAAAGAUGAUGAAGUUGAAGGAAAAUCCAAGGGUACAGCAAUCCCUGGAAUCCAUUGAUGGUUUUACGGUGCAUUUAUCUGUUAUUUUUAAAGACUUCAGAAUUUGAAAUUUCAAAUUCUCAACGUUGAAUGAUGUAGUCUUCAGUUCGUAAUAUCAAGUUAUGCUCACUUAUCCUUGGGUGCUAUGUCCUUGACAUGUACUGUGCACUACUAAUUUACGUACGAGGAAAGAACUCUGAUUUUCUAGAACUCUUCCUAGAAAUGGCAAUUGAAGUGACAUUAAAGAUGAUGAAUCACUCUUCUUUGUAUCUUGUUAUCAACUUUAAAUGCUCCGUUAAAUUGA